AGAGAUGAGAUGAGGGUAUUUCUACUGCUUGGACUUGCAGCAGGGAGAAGCAGAUGAUCCUCAUUUCAUCAUGGGCUGCAAUACAUCUAACAGGGUUGCUGCAGCACAGCUGUCUUCUGAGGAGCUACAGAACAACCAUGAAGCCAGAAGCCAGACUCCAAGUGACAGUGCUGACAGAACAUGGGCUGCCACCUCACAGGAGGGGGCAGCUUGGACAAGGGGCACUUCAGAGAACGGAAGCAAACUUGAAGUUGAAGCCAGAGAGGGAGACUUUCCUGAGAGAUCAACAGAAGGAUUUGCACCUUCUGAAAAAAGCAGCAACGCACAAAGCACAGAUACACUGCUCACCAGUGGGUUCAUCAGUAAAUCAUGGCCCUUACAAGAAACAGAGAGACAAAAAUCAUCAGACAUUCUUGAGGAGCUGAGGAUGCAGGGAAUAAUCAGGAGCCAAAGUACUACUGCCAGCACUGAAGAAGCAUAUGAAAACAAGAGAGAUGCCCUGGAAAAGAUGCUAAAGAAACCACCAGCUAGGCUGGAAAAAAUGUGGUUUGGAAGCAAGGAAGAGAAUGAUUUUACAGCAAAGGACAUGAAGACUGCUGAAGAGAAAAACAAACAGGUUAGGGAAAAGGAACUACGCAGGACACCACAACACACUGCAUCUUAUCCAGCAACGGACCACCAAACUACAGGUAAACAGACUGAAAAGGACUGCCCAAGUUUUCAAAGUCAAGAAAGCACAGAUGCCCCUCAGUCGUCACCUUUACAUGGUGAGAUAAGCGUACCGCUGCAGGAAAUAACUGCAGAAGAAACCACCAAUUAUUACACUGAGGACUUUACCAUUGAGUCUGAUAUAACUUACAACUGUAUUAAUGAAACAAUCUGGAUCUAAGCCAUCCUGCAAAGAAGGAGCCUCUCUGCUCCCUGCUGCUGUUUACCUCGGGGCUUAAAUAGAUGAUUUAUCCUGAGCUGAUGGUUGUGGUUACCUGUUACAACUUGGAAAACUCUAAUUUCACAUUUUUACACACUAGUUGGAGGAAACAAAAUAAAUAAGAAAAGCAAGAGGCAAUUUAGUGACCUGCCAGUCUCUAGGUUGGAGCACAUACAUAUGAACACGGUUUUAUUACAGUUACCUCUAGAAUUCCCUUUUUCUAUAGAGCAGAGAACCAGAGUUUGGAAAGGCAUUGUAACCAUACAGAAAGGCACAUAAGGAGGAGUAUGCAAGGAAGAAAAAAAGCUUGAACAGCUGCAAGAUUUGGGGUAGUAAAACACAGCGGAGACCUAAACAUAAGAACAAAGAGUUUUAACUUACUGUGCAGGCAGAGAUGUGAGAGCUUCAAACAUUAAGGGAACAACAGGCCACAGGAAUGUCAUUGUAUACAGAGCAAGGACAAAUACUGAAACUGCAGUGGAGAAAACAACUAAUUGGUUGAGAUAUGCAAAGCACAGGUGAGUUAUCCAUGUGGCCAGAAAUAACGUGAUUGGUCUCCAUGGGAAGGAGAGGACUGUUUCCAUAACACAGCAAUGAAUUUGGAAUGAACCCAUUCCCUACCUCCUAUACACACGCAACAUCUAAUACAUCCAGCUCCUUCAAAACCAGUGCGUAACAGCAAUGGUUGCACUUGUGCUUUGCCUGUUACCAGCCCUACUAUCCCCUUCUGGCUCAUCUCUAAAUAUGCCUAAUCCUUACUUCCAUACCACACUCACGCCCACCUCCUGUGCUGGCUUUUUUAAUUCCGUACCUCCAAC